AUGGAUGGGUCCCAGGAUGGCGCCAGGGUCGGCCUCAGGCAGAAGAUUGCGGUCAUCCUGAUGGCGCUGGGCCUGCUGGGGGCGGGGGAGCUCGCUGUUCUCACCUGGAGCGACGUUUCCCAGAUCGCCGGAGCACGGCAUGCGGCGUACGAAGCCGCCACGGCUGCGGAGUACGAGGCCGCCCCCAGCACGGCUGCCCCCGGCAAGGUGGCCCUCAUGUUCCUCAUCCGCAGCGACCUGCCCACCGAGCCGCUGUGGCGGCUGUUCCUGGACUCCGCCACGGCGGCAGUGCGAGGAGCGGCGGUGGGCGGCAGGAGGGGCGGCGCCGGGCACAGCGGCUGGGAGCAGCUGUUCAGCGUGUAUGUGCACCCCGCGGCGGGGCGGCACCUGCCCAGGGGCAGCCUUUUCGCACGGCACGAGGUGCCGGACCGCGUGGGGGCGGUGUGGGGCAACCACAGCAUUGUCGACGCGGAGCGGGCGCUCCUGCGAGCAGCCCUGCACGACCCUCUGAACCAGCGCUUUGUCCUGUUGUCAGAGACUUGUGUGCCAGUGUACAGCACUCCGGAGAUUUACACCCAGCUCCUCUCCGAGAACCGCAGCCGCAUCAACGCUUGCAGGGAUGCUGCGGACCCCAAUGACGGCAACAGGCGCAUGACGUGGCGCUGGCAGCCCGGCAUGCUCCAGGCAAACGUCACCAGGGACACAUGGCGCAAGAGCAGCCAGUGGUUCAUGCUGACGCGGAGGCACGCAGAGGUGGUGGUGCGGGAUGUGGCGGUUGACGCCGUGUUCCGCGCCCACUGCUGGACGGCCCGCAACUGGAAUGACCGCUUCUGUACCAGCGACGAGCACUACGUGCCCACCCUGCUGGCCUGGAGCGGGCUGGAGGGGGAGGCCACGUGCGGCGGCGGCAUCACCUACACAGAGUGGCGGGCGCGGGCCGCGCACCCCACCUCCUUUAAAGAGGCCACGGGGGCGGUGCUGGCGCAGAUGCGGGGCGGCUGCAACGGCAGCGCGCUGGCGGCCGCCGCGGUAGAGGCGGUGGGCAGGUUGCUGCGGGCACCGAGGGGCGGCGGUGGGCAGGCUGCGGGGCUAGCUAACAACGGCACGGGCGCGGAUGCAGCGAGCAGCGCCGUGCUGGCUGCGCUGGGCAACCUCACGUCGGCGCUGCUCCCGCCCACCUGCCCCAUGUUUGGCCGCAAGGUGCCGGGCAGCUCUGUCAAGAAGUGGGCUGCCCUGCUGGAGCCUGUAAUGCAAGCUGGGUGA